GAAGCGUGUGUAGCCAACCAACAGUCGUCAACCAGAGCCCGUCCUGUUCGCUACGUUUGUCCUUCGUUGUAAAAACUUCAAGUUUAAAACUUUUUCACUGUGCCUGCAAUCUCUACUUGUGAUAUUAUCUCGUGUGGCAACUGACAAAUCUAUUUCAAAAGUGCAAACAAACUUUUUUUUUUAUCUUUUCAACGGCAUUAACUUGUGGGAUUUACUUAUCAGUGGUGAAAAACUAAAAAAAACGGUUAAUAUCACAUUGAUCAAACUGAAAAAAGGAAAAAAAAUAAUUUGAUUCUCACGCGGUCGACCAGUGUAAAAAAGGAAAAGAAAAAGUGAACAAAACCAGGAUGUUGUCGUUGUCUCGACUGGCUUCCCGCCAGGUGUGUGAGAGUGAGAAGAAGAAGAAGUAGCAGCUCUGAAUUUCUUUCGGGUUUCGCUCGUGCGUGACAGCCACUCUAAUGGAAUGCCAUCGAAUGAUAGCGGGUGUUUUAUACAGUGUGAUCAGGUAAUGGAUUAGGGACCCGCUCAAUGUCCACAUGAAGACUUCCAGUCAUCUCGUUGUUGUGCACGUUUGUGGUAGUGAAAGAGAUUCUUCUACUUCUGCCGUUUGAAAAAAGAAAUCGAAAAUAUUGUGGUUGUUGUUGUUGUUGUCGGUUCGAAGGAUUUGGCAUCGGCGGAUUUGACCGAUUACACACACCCAACCAUGGCAACAAUCGUCAUUUUAAAGGCCGUUUUGAUGUUAUUCGCCUGCCUACUGGUGACGCAUGCCGGGCCGGCCCAUGCCGAUUGGACGGCCACGUGCACGGCCGGCUGCACCUGCAAAUGGGCCGACGGCAAGAAAGUGGCCGAGUGCCCCAGCGCCGGCUUCACGACGAUCCCCGAGAAUUUGAGCUCGGAAAUUCAAGUGCUGGAUCUGCGGGGCAACCAGCUGGGCGCCCUGGUCAACCGGGCCUUCUCCUCUGUCGGCCUCAUCAACUUGCAGCGCAUCUUUUUACGCAACUGCAGCCUGACGCUGGUGGAGAAGGACGCGUUCCACGAUCUCAACAUAAUGGUGGAAGUGGACCUCUCUCACAACCAGCUGCAGCGCUUCAACCCGGAAACGUUCAGCACCAACGAGAAGCUGCGCUCGCUCUCGCUGAGUCACAAUCCGCUGGACAAGCUGGAAGCCCACCAGUUUCCCGCCUUGCCCAACCUGCGCAGCCUCGAACUAGUCAAAUGCCAACUGGAAAUGGUGGACAAGAAGGCGUUUAUGCAUCUGAGCAAGUUGGAGAGCCUCAAACUGUCGGCCAAUCGAUUCACCAACCUCAAACCGGAAGUCUUUUUGCCGCUCAACAAGCUCAAAAGCCUCGACUUGCAGGACAACCCGUGGAAUUGCGACUGCCGCCUACUGGCCCUGCGCGAUUACCUGUCUGAGGCCAACCUCAACUCGACUUUGACGCUGUGCGCCGAGCCGGAACAUCUCAAAGGUAAAUCGUGGAGUCGGUUGGCCGCCGAGGAUUUCGCCUGUAAGCCGCUCAUCGACGUCAACGAACCUCACGUCGAAGGACGGCUCGGAUUUGACGUCACAUUCAGCUGUCGAGUCAGCGGCAAUCCACCGCCCACCAUCUGGUGGGUCCUUCAAAACAGACAGAUUGUCAACACGACGACGGCGUCGCAAAGUGAGCAGUUUGUCAUCCGCCAGUCGAGUCAUCCGGCCAAGAUAAACCCGAUUGCCUCGCCACACCCGCCGGAACCGCAGCAGCAACAGCAGCAGCAGCCGGAAUUGGAGCACUGGAGCAAUUUAACUCUGCGGCGCAUUAGCGAGCAGGAUGCCGGACAGUAUCGCUGCAUCGCCCGCAAUAAAGGCGGCCAAGUGGAAGCCAACGUCUCACUGCAAACGCCGCCGGCCCCCGUCACGAUCCUCAUCGAAGAGGAGACGGGAUUAAUGUCGUACACGACGGCCAUCACCUUGGCGAUCGUGGGGGCGUGCGUCCUCCUGGCCGGCCUCGUCUUCUUGAUUAUCUGCCUGGUCCGGCGAGCGCCAAAGAGGAAGCAGCCGCAGCAGCGCGACUGCAGCGCCAACAAGAUGAACGGCUCGGCCAAAACGGCCAACGGUAACGGAUCGAUCGCCGCCGGCUCUGAACAGGAGAAAUCGCUCCUGGACAUUGAAAUGGAUCAGCACACGUCGCUGCAAAACAAUUCGACCGACGGCUAUCACGCCGUCGCUCAGACGGACAUUGACGCCCAGCAGCACAUGCACAUGCAGAUGCAGUUGCGCCACCAGCAACAGCAGCAGCAACAACAACAACACCACCAGCAACACAUGCGGAUGAUUCAGGGGUCGAGCACGUACAUUCCGGGCGAGCGGUACGACGGCGGUCGGGUGCCUGAAACUCUGACGAGGCACUUGAUGAUGCUGGACGGAUGUCAAGUGCAACAGAAUCCCGACGGCUCAUUUUACCCGGAUUUGCUGGACAUUCCGCACCGGGGAGCCAGAGGCGGCGGGUCGCCCAGCACUCACUCUGGCGCGUCCAACGAGGCGCCCAAUCAGCAAAUGAUGAUGUCGACGUUGAGCGCGGCCCAGUUGGCCGGCCAUCCCAGCUACGGCGUGAUGGGCAUCCAUCCGCCGCUGCAGUUCACUGACAGCAGCAGCACGACGAGCAGCACGGCCGUGUUACUCCCAGUCGGACCCCGACCGGGUUAUGUAACGUUGCCCAGGAGACCUCGUCCGAGGAUGCCCAGCUGGGCCAGCUCUCCUCCGCCCAUGUCAUCGUCCUCUCCCGGCCCCGGUUCUCUGCCGCCAGAGGAACCGCAACAACCUCUGUACGACACGAUAGGACCUCGCGUGACGGCCGACGGGUCGUCGACAUCGGCGCUGUCGCUCAACAAAAUCGCCGGACUGACGCCCAACUCGGUCUCGAGUCCGCGCGUCCAGUCCAGCACGCUCAGCCGAGGGCACAAGAUCUCUCUUCCAGCUUACUACGUGCCCAUCGAGGAGGUGGACAUCCCGCCGUCCUCGCCGCUGGUCCAGCAGCGACGCGAUCAUCAGCAGAGUACGCCCAACAUCCUGUCGAACGGGCAGUACGAAGAUCAUCUCCACCACCACCACAAUUCCCGCCGGAUGGGCCGCAACGAGCCCGUCCUCGGUUAUUUCAACAACCACAACAACAAUAACAACAAUAGCAGCACGCCGGUCCGGCGGAUGGACGACGUUGAGACUCAACAUCUCCUCCAAGAUUCAUCGACGCCCAACAGCCACAACACUUCGUACUCUAGCGCGGCUCCCGAAGUGAUCUCGCCCAUUCCGGACUUCCGAGCGGCUGGCAGCCGGGCCAGCGUGUCUAGUCUGAGCAGCAACACGGGGAUGAGGAGGAAAAUCGCUCCGGCCGUCCCGCCCAAACCCCCCGGAUCAAUAGUCGUCGCUCGACCGGCGAGUGUCGUGCCCUAUCACGACGACGACGGCGGGGGGUCGUCACCGGCCAAAGUGGCGCCCAAACCACCGCCCAAACCCAAGAAGAGACUCUCGACGACGGGCGACUCGAUCAAAUUGGACGAUCCCGCAGAAAGCGGUGGCGGCCAGGCCGCCUACGAAGACGAAGGCGAAGACGGAACGGAAGUCUGAAGUUCACACAGUCAAGAAAUGAGAAAAUAUUUUCGAGAGAGAAAAAUCGAUGUGCCUUAAAAGAGCGAACGAGUCUCGUCGUAGAGGCGUCCAAUGACUGACGAAACCAUUUGGCAGACCUGAAAAAAAACAAAAAUUAACCAGAAACCCCCUACAAUUGAUUAUCUUAUUACAUAAUCCGCAGCGCUCACGCAUCCUUGCCAUGCGUAGUCUAUAGCUGUGUCCGUUUUUUUUUUCCUUUGUACGUGUGUUUUCAUUGCAUCAAAAUUGUAUUCCUCCUUCAAACAACAACAAACCGUAUGACAAUUUUCCGUGUUUUGUUUGUAUUUUUCUCCUUUUUUUUUCGUUGUAUCUUUUCGUUCGUUUCAUUUUUUGCUCUUACCAACCCCCCCGCAAACGUAUUUUCAUGGCUCUUUACUUCUUUAUAAUAUCACAAGGAAAAAUGUACAUACAAAAAUGUGAUGAUGUGGAAAUUGGAAGAGAGACGGGAAUAUGCGAUUGGUGAAUAUUAUUGCGCGCUUGUACAUAUUUAAUGAAAUUAAAAAGAAGAAGACGUCGUCCGCAAGUCAAAAAGAGAGGGGGAAAACAAGUAAUAGAUUUGAGAGUGAAUGUGCCAUCGCGGUAAUCUUAAUUCUUCAAGAAAAAAAAACAAAAUGUCGAAUCUUAAUUACAAAAAUACCCAAAAGGCGAAAAACAUUUACGAAAAUCUACAAAACUUUAAUUUCUUUCUUUCUCCCGAAUUUUUCGUUUGUUUUAUUUACUUUGAUGCUGUUGCUCCUCCUCUUGUUCCUCCUCUUCCAUUAGACCUUUAAUGUAUACAAACACCGUGUCUCUAUACCAUUCCAUCUUGUAUAUUUAGCCCAUUAAUAAACGUGGAUGUGCUAUUCAAA